AUGUUUUCUCCGGUGGCCGCGAGAUACCCCUUCGCCUGGCACAUGCACGACACCUUUGUUUUGAACUGCAGGCCGGGCGGGAUUCCGAUGAGCUGCAUCCCGCCCAGCACGAUGAGUCUCCUGGCGUCCUCUUGCAGGAGCCCACCAAGCUCCCGCUCCCGGCGGGCAGCUUCGUGA